AUGGUGGAAGAAGUCGGGCCAGUGGAGGCCCCCUGCAACAUCCUCGUCCUUGCAGAGUGUUUGCGGAGACAUUGUGCCGCACCCCAAACGCUGCAGGCCUCGAAGAGCUCUUCGGCGGUGGAGCUGCUUCAAAAACUACAUCGGCGUGAGGGCGCCGGGGUGGGCAUCGUGCGGACGAAAGCUUCAUCCACUCCGAAGGAUUGGGAGGAGUUCGCGGCAGAGUGCCUGAAGGACGUAGAGGCGCCACAGAGCUUGAUUGCUUGGUUCGGCUCUUGCGCGGAGCCUUCGGUGCAGAGCGAGGAGGAGAAAUCCUCGGAGGCCGUAGUAGCCGAGACCCCAUAA